UCUGGCAACCCUGGUCUCAAAGCACACAGCAAUGGCCGAUAACUCAUGGCUGACUGGCGCUCCGCUGGGGAUAGCAAUAGCCGUCAUAUCAAGCUUUAUUAAUGGCUCGACAUUUGUCCUGCAGAAAAAGGGAAUACUGCGGUCUCGUGACAAAGGGUGUUCGUACCUUACAGAUGUGGUGUGGUGCAGUGGAACGCUGUGCAUGAUCAUUGGUCAAGUUGGGAAUUUCCUGGCGUAUAACCUGGCCCCUGCUGUGAUUGUUACACCAUUAGGGGCCCUUGGAGUACUGUUUGGAGCAGUCCUGGCUUCUUGGAUCCUGGAGGAGCGUUUAAACGUCCUGGGGAAACUCGGCUGCAUCAUCUGUUGCUGCGGCUCCGUCGUGCUCAUCAUUCAUGCCCCUAAAGCGGUGGCAACGUCAAGGCAGGAGCUUGAAGAUGGACUGUCAGAUCCAGUGUUUGUAACCUACAUCCUGCUCGUGGUGCUGGCCCUGGUCACCCUGAUCGUGUGGGUCGCUCCAGCUCACGGGACGUCCAACAUCAUGGUGUACGUCGCCAUAUGUUCGCUUCUGGGAAGCUUCACCGUCCCGAGCAGCAAAGGACUCGGCCUGGUGGCUCCUGAUGUGUUCGGUGAAGGACAGCCAAAUGUCGGCGCUGUGGCUCUCUUCCUUGGCCUGCUGGGGGCGCUGGCGGUCAGCAUACUGAUCCAGUUCUUCUUCAUCAACAAGGCCUUGGAGUGCUUCAGCUCCAACAUAUUUGAAGCGAUAUACUACGUGACGUUCACGUCCACCGUGAUUUUCGCUUCUGCCCUUCUGUUCAAGGAGUUGACGGGACUCACGUUCACCGACGGCCUCGCCGUGCUCUGCGGCCUGACAAUGGUGUGUGUGGGAAUGAUACUCCUUCGAAUUUCCCAGGAAGCUGUGAUUACCUGGAAGGAGAAAAAGGAACGGAAAAAGACGGACUGAUUGUGUUACGGUGUUUUUUCGAGGGGGAGGUUUGUUUUGCAGGACACAGACUCUGUUGCUCUGCACUACCUCCCCUUUAAGUGACCAAAGCUGUGAGAUGAAAAGCUCAGCCGUGACCUUUGACCACAUAAGUGCGAGGAGGAAAGCAUUGAUUACAUUGUGAGCAUUUUAUCGGAUAGUGGCUGGGAUUUGUCUGGGAACAAAAUGGCGUUCUGUAGUGAUGGGUCCGGCAACCGACGCAUCGGCGCAUGUGUCGAGCCUUUAGACAAAACCCCGUGUUGGUGCGCGUAUUGCUUUCAGCAAGUCACGUGACCGAUACAGGAACUGUUUUGAACACUGGCGCGCCAAACUGUGUUUAUAAGGAAGCGAAUCUGUCAACGGGAUGCAUUUGCCAAAAGAAUUCUUGAUCUUUUACGGUACAACGUCAACUAUGGAGCCUCAAGGCAAACGAAAGGUAUCGUGGUUUGGGACCAUUUUGAUCUUGCGUCAGAAAACAAGCUAUUGGUUAUCACUUCUUUGUUGUUUCAUCCGGUUCUUUUCCGUUUCUACUUGAUCUAUCUGAAUCCAAACUCAGCUGAAAUUGACUCUUAGUUUACUUUCAUAUUAUGUUCCGCAGGUUAAGUGUUGCAUAUGUUUGACAGAACUGCCUUAUUUAAAUAAAUCCACCUCCUCAAUGCUGAGGCAUUGUAGGGCCAGGCAUCAGAAUGAAGUCCCAGAUACACCCAGGAUAAACUCGGGUAUACAGCCAUUCUACAAAUUACUCAGUUUCUUUUUAGAAAUUAUUUCAUAUAAAUGUAUUAUUUACUUAAUUUUUUUUUUUCUUACAGCAGGAGAAGCUGUCAAAAAAGCAUAACAGACUAAAUUUCAAAAUGUUGGAAAAACUUAUUUUUUUGAAUGAAAAUUUGUGGGAAAUAAAAUUCCAGUCCACAAGCAUCCUCAUUCCACACACGUUCACUUAAAUUUUCAUCACUUGGUACAUGUUCACAUUAUUUAAUGACUGGGUCUAAUAAUAUCAAAUAUAUUUUGAAUUUAACUGAAGAUAUGACUUAAUACAAUAUAUAAUACACAAUAAAAUACAAUGACUUAAAUCUUAUUGUAUAGACUAGGUCAUCAAAUCAGUCUGUCAACUAUGUUGCCUGUAGGGAUUUUUAAUGUCCAGCAGGUGUCAGUAUUCAGUGACACAGUAUCGAUACAGUUUUGCUAUGGGUCGAAACGAUACAUGACGCCUCAUUUACCCAUCACUAGCGUUCUGCACCUGAAGGGCUGUACAAGAAUAAGGAAGUGUAGGGACUUUAUACAGUGCUUUGCAGAAGUGGUGAUAUAACUAGAACUUUAUUACAUUUUGACAAAACACAACCACAAACCUCUGUGCAUUUUAUCAACUAGGCCAAAGUAGAGUAAAGUAGAGAGGAAGAGGAAAAAGAUGUUUAAUGAUCACACGUGACACACACUCCACCCCUAUAACAUAGUGAGGCAUGAUGGUGCCACUGCCAUGUUUUACUAAGAGGCUGGCUACUUAUGCAAAUAAAAAUUAAAAGGUUGUGCCUGUUUGUGAAACCCGUACGGGUCUCUUGUAGGGGGUAGACUGAGAAAUCAGAUCAAAUUUCCUUCGUUUUGGCAAAUUGUCAAUCGGUUUAUACUUACAAGUGAAAUAGAGCUGGACAAUAGACCAGUAGCAAUAUAUGUACAAUGUGGCCGAUAUCAAUACAUAAUAUGUCUAAUAGGAUUUUCAAUAAUGUCACUGAAUUCUGAUCCAGUACUGCACAGCAUUCUGGGGGACGUAGGCAGAGGAAAGGCUUUAGCCGCUCAACUUAGCUGAGCUAAGCUAGGUUGAGCUUAGCUAAGCUAAGCGGUGGCAUCAACUAACUCACUCACUCUUUGGUUACCUGGCAACAACCAUAUUUUUUGUUUUAAAAGAAAAGGUUUGAAAAUCAUGUGUAAUUUCCUUUCCGGUCUGUCAAAGAUGAUGAAAGUUUCUUUUAAUAUUAAAUAACAGAAUUGGUAUUCUGUUAUUGACUCCUAGUUUUUCUAUAAUAACAUAAGCCAUUAUUAUCCCUGUUAUUCUAACUUUAUCUGUCAGUUCAUUCCAAAUUACUAUUAAAUUGCCUGCAUUCGUCGUAUCUAAACAAAUCACUCUGCUUUGGUUCAUCUACAAGGUUUCCCCACAGGGUACUUACAACAUUACCUACACUUGGACUUGAACUGUGCCUUUUGAAUUAUUCAGCCAUUUCACCCGAUGAUUCUUGAGCACCGGUGUUGCAUAAAAGAUGAAGAGCAACUGCAUCGUUUCAGUCAGAUGAAGGGAGUUUUAAAGCUGGUGAUGGUUUACACUUUUAUUUAAUUUUAUUACAAUGUCGCAUAGAUGUUUUUUGUAAUCUUUAUUGAUUUUACAUGUAAUAAAUGAAUAGAAACGC